GGGAUCACUUUAUUUAAUAUCUGUUCUGUUCUUUAGUUUUUGUGGGUGUUCCAAGAAAAGAAAUGUUGAGAUAUCGUAAAACUAAUAACAGGGCAAUAACAACAAAAUAUCUAAAUGUUUUGAUCUAUGAUUGUAUCAAUGGAUUUCUACCUAAUGUCAGAAAAACCACAGUGCAAAAAUGCUUCAAGAUUGCCAUUUAGAACCUACUCUUAAAAGUUAACUCUCCAUUGGACACCUUAGGUAGUGUUCAAACAUGGAAAUGGGGGUACGAAAGUUACCCAAAAAACGAAAAUUUGAUCCCUCAGAACUAGAAGAGAAUAAUUCACAGGCUGCAUGUAUCCCAAUCUCAGUGGUUCAGUGUCAUAGUGUGAUGUCAGCUCCCCAAGCUACGGCUGUGGAUUAUUCUUAUCCCGCAAGGACUAGUACACAAGAGGAAACAAUAUUUACACAUACGAAUUGUAAACAAAAUAUUGUUAUUGAUCUUGGUGAAUGGUGUAAUCAUAGAAUAUUAGCUAGACAAGGGGACUGGUACUAUCCAGGUGUUAUUAAAGAGGCCUAUGGUUCUACUAUAAUAGUAGCUUUGGAUGGCAAAGAAGAUAAAAUAACAUACGACAAUGUAUUUGAUAAUGAAUGUUUCAAUGUGAUAAGUGACGCAAGUCCUUCAGUCAACCAAAUAACCAUGGGUACUAGAGUGUGUGUUCGUGACAAUCAAAGUAUGUUCGUGGAGGGCGUUGUGUGCACAAUUUUAGAAGGACAGCCAGUACGUUUCGGUGUCGCUCUAUUCGGCGAACAGUCUGUAGAAUUAACUGUCAAACGAGCGGACCUUAGGUUGCUCCGUCCCCCGUGGUGGGACGAAUUAGAAAAUAUAGAACCUAAUUUAGAUAAUGUGAUACAACCCUCACUUGACUUUUAUGGAAGAAAUGCGCAAGUUUCUCCAAUGCAGUUACACACCCCCAUAUCUGCUUGCACCCCGUUGUCAAACGGAAGACAUUAUGAUGAAUUUUGUGAAAGUGAGGAUGAACUUAGACAAGAUAAUAUUACGUUUAAUCCUGAAGUCGACGCGAAGUUAUCAGGUAGUAGUAAGAGAAGUAGCAUGCACAGUAGAGGCAGUUCUUCUAGGAGCAUUACUCCACGGUCGCAGCCCACUACUCCUCGAAGUCAGGCCGCCACACCCCAUAAAUAUAGAAAGGGAGAUGUUGUUUGCAAUCCAAAUGGCAUAAGAAAGAAAUUUAAUGGUAAACAGUGGAGGCGUUUGUGUUCAGUGGAUGGAUGUAAAAAGGAAAGCCAACGGAGGGGAUAUUGCUCUAGACAUCUAAAUCUGAAAGGUAAUAGUCUUCGUAGUGGACCAUACCCUAGAUCUAAUAGCAAAGGUGAUGGUGAAGAAACUUCUAGAGAUUCCGAAACCUCACCAAAUUGUGGCGAUAGACGUAUGACCGGAAGGUUCGAUCAGGAGGAAACUGAUGCUGCUAAUAUGUUAGUAUCUUUAGGUAGUUCAAGGUCAGCCACCCCAGUGUUUUCACCUAAUGGACAGGGAUCAUCUCCCCAUACAAUGCAGUCACCAAUAACGGUGGGAUCUCGGCAGAAUGUUUUUAUGCCAAUUUCGGGCAGCCAUUCUCUUGGACUGCAAAAGGGAGCUUCGCCAGGAGCCCAAGGAUAUAACCCAACAACAUAUCAUCAACAAGUCGUCAUAAGGCCGGAAGCUCGACCUGUCCAAAGCGUUACCAGUGUUAUUAGGGUGUCACCGAAUCCAAGGCAAUGGAUACCAGAACAACCUAGUGUUAUUCUACAGCAUGCUCUUACCAGUCCACCUAGCCAGCAUGUCGAACCAGAAACUAAUCAAGUAACCCAAGGUGGUCUUUAUUAUGUUGUUCCACCUAAACAUGACAAGAACAUGAUGAUUGUCAAAAAUGAAACAGAAAAUGAUCCAAAGGAACCUAAGUCAUUUCCUAGACAGGUGAUUCAGAGCGACCAUUUACAUUCGACACAGUUGAUACGCGUCAAUCCAAGUAAUAAUUAUGCCAACAUGAAUAACAUCCAGACACAUUCCAACGGUCCCGGUAUAAUGGCACCGAAUUCAAUCAACACAGGACUUCCAGUAAUUGUUAAUCCAACACAACUUGUACCAGUCCUACCAUCUACAUCUCAAUCUGUCGUAAAAAGAGUUGUUCCCACUGUCAAUAUUCAGCCCAAUCCACCGCCUGUGAUCGUCAAAACUGAACAAGUGUCGCCAAAUACCAACGCUGUCUUGAAUCAUCUAAAGGAACCAAUGGUUUUGCACAAUCCACUACAAGUACAAAGUCAUCGAGUUGCUACCGUUCCUCCUCAACUUCCUCUUCCUCAACUGAACCAGAGCCAAACCAGAUCUAUCAACAUUAAUGUUAAUCCAUGGCAUUCAAUAUUACCACUUCUGGUCUCAUCUGGACCUCUUUCACCACCAAACUCUCAGUUAUCACCUCCUUUAUCUACGUCCUUAGUUACUGUUGAUGGUGGAGCGGUUUUGGAUAAUCCAGACGACGAUGCUGAUGCAGAACCAUUGCCAACACCAACAGAAGAUGACGACGAUGACGUUUUUGAAAGUGAAACUACUGACCUAAAUAUGGAUGGGAAUAUUAAGAGACGAAGCCAGUCUUUGAGCUCUUUACAAAGUAACUCCAAAGAGGCAAGUAAGAGUAAGGAGCGUAUUCGAAGACCCAUGAAUGCUUUCAUGAUAUUUUCAAAACGUCACCGAGGCCUUGUACAUCAGAGGCAUCCAAACCAAGACAAUCGAACAGUUUCCAAAAUUUUAGGCGAAUGGUGGUAUGCAUUAGGUCCAAAUGAAAAGAAGCAGUAUCACGAAUUGGCCUCAGAAGUUAAAGAGGCUCAUUUUAAGGCUCAUCCUGAAUGGAAAUGGUGCAAUAAAGAUCGAAGAAAAUCUUCGACAGGAUCUGGACGUAGCAAACUAAGUUCAGCAGGAGACAGUGGUGAACCAGGUGAUAUGCCAGUGAGUCCAAAAGCGCCAUCUCCUCCUCCGCCUAAUAUUGAACCUUGCAAGCAAGUGGUACAGGAGCAAGAGACAGGAGAUGCUUCAGAUGAUGAUCAAAUGGUAAUUUGUGAAGAUGCCGGAGCUGAAAUUGAUUUAAAAUGCAAGGAGAAGGUUACUGAUUCAGAUUCAGAAUCUCAAAGUGAUAUGGACUCGUCGAUAGAAAACCGUGUUUUCCAACGAUUUAGUCCUAUGACUAAUUCAAAUUGUACAGAAGUUACGUGUAGACCUAAGCCAAUAAAAGCAAGAAUACCGUCAACGGAAACACCAAAAUAUAGUCUUACAGCAACUGCAACACCUUUCCAUUAUUCCCCUGUUAACCCAUCGGGCAUAUCAGGAUUUCAACCGACUGGAGGAGCCUUCAAAACAAUGCCAGCUUCGCCAAAAAUUGUUAAAUCGGAAGUUAAAAAUGAGUUUAGUGAAAACCAUGAAAGCUAUGCAGGUACAUUGAUCAUUAACUCAACUGACGCUUCAAAAUGGUCUAAUUCAUCAGCCAUACAAACUAGCACUCUUACUAGCCAAACUAACUCUACAUUAGUCAUACCAAAAUCAGAGGUCAAAACAAAUAUCAUACAAUCAAACGAUGGUAUUAAUCAGACUUAUCAGUCACAACCUUUAACUGUUGUUAUAGGCAGGCCAACAAACACCAUUUGUUUAUCAAAUGAACAUGAACAAACACAACCUUUUGUUGUGAUAGCUUCCACAGCAUCCGAAAUUCCUGUCCAGCUUUAUGUGCAACCUUCUUUCGGAAUACCUGUUUCCAACUCCAACAACCGAAAUUUGUCGGUGCAAAAUGUCCAACUGAUAAAGCCUAAUACACAGUCUGUGAUUGUUACACAAGCACACAACAAGGUCUGUGUAUCUUCUCAAGUUGAGUACCAAGCGGCACAAAGUACUGUGAUGGCAUCAAAUAAAAACUCCUAUUGCAAUAAUACUGGAACAUUACUUCAUAUUACUGAAGCGAAUGAUCAUAGGGAGGAUAAUAACAAGUCGCCGGUAUUAGAAAUGUUCCCUCCCAAUUCUGAGACAUUUAUGCUAGAUCAAACAAAUCAAGAGUUUAAGUUAGCACCAACGCCCGCCCAGCUUGGGAAAGCUCCUUUACAGAGAAGGCAGACAAUGGCUGCUUUUGGAAACAAGGAUAGCCAAGGAGAACAAGAUCUUUUACCAGCUCCAGCAAAUCCUAUACUCGAUGAAAAUAUUGAUUUGAUAUCUCCAUCAACAAAAAAGACUUUCUUCAAGAGAUCAGUAGAAGACGGCAUGGAUAGUUUAUUUUACAGGGUUCUGGAGCAAGUAAAUUUUGAGCAAAAAUUUACUGCCUUGCCUCAGUUCAAACCAGAUGAAGGUCAAUCACCAAGUGCUAUUUCCAUACCGAGUCCAGGUGUCUUCUAUAAUAAGAAGAGAUCACAAUUAACUGCCACACAUGGAGUUACCAUAGAAGAGGAAUCAGAAGCUGAAACACCACAAAGUAUUCCAAAAUCAGCUGCUUCCACUAAAUUAGUUAUAGGAAAUCAAUUUUUUGGACCAGAUUUCGAUAAUGUUAGGGCUGAAUUGAAUGAAAUGGAAGAAGGUACAUCCCCACGAACACCCCGAACGCCAGGGACAUCGAGAGAUUCUGAAAAGGGUCAUAGGAAAACUUUGGAACAACGUCGUCAGUUAGUGAUGCAGUUGUUUCAUGAACAGUCGUUUUUUCCUUCUUCCCAAGCCACCUCCACAUUUCAAGCCCAGCAUUCGGAUAUAUUUCCAAAUAAAGCAAGUUUGCAACUAAAGAUUCGUGAAGUGCGUCAAAAAAUUAUGGCACAAAAUUCUCUUACACCCUCUAGUGUGAGUAGUCCCCUAACCCCCGCUGAACCUGUUAGAGUUUCAUCAAAUAGUUAGCUAGUAGUGUGCAAUAGAGUGUCUUCCGUUUCAUAUGUUAUUGUCAAUUUGACUGAAAAUAGCACUUAAGUGUAUAAAAGUGUGUUGUAGAUAUCGUAAUUUAGGUAUAGCUGUUGAAAAUUUUUUUCGUGGAUUUAUAAAACCCAGUUAUUUCAAUCUUAUAGUCUAAGAGCUAGCAACGUUUUUGAAUUUUAAGAAAGCUGGUUCUUUAAUAUAUUAUUACGUAUCUAUGCUCCCUCAAAGAGUAUACCUCCUUCCUGGCUGCCGAUACAAAUUAUUUCUUCGCAGCGCACCUGUACAGGUAUUUAUAUUGAAUUUAUUCAAUAUGUAUACAUAAUAAUAUACAGGGUGUCCCCGAAAAUAGUGCGUUCCUUUAAGGUAUGGAUAUAAUAAUAUAUAAUUUAGAACAAAAAAGUCCUAUAACAUUUUUUUCUAAAGUUAACCGUUUCCAAGAAAAAAUUACAUUGUUCUCCAUAUAAGUGAAUUUUUAUUUUCAUAAAUUUGAAUGACAUGGCAACGUAGCCUAGAAGAACUUGCUGUGACUGCGGAAAUUUAACCUAAUAACCCCUUGUUUAUUUUGGGGUUGUUGACAUCGUAGGUACCUACCUGCAAAAUAAUGGAUAUGGGUUUGGUUGAUAUUUACAUUACUUUACCUAUCUAUGAGAUGCAACUGAUCUACAGACCUACUUUUUCAAUCUUUAGAUUUUUGAGUUGCGCGUUGUUGCCAGACUUCAAUUUGCAUAUCAAAAUGUAUUUUCGUUCUUUGGUCAAACGGAUGAAUUUAGCAAAAAUGUUGACUUUUGCUCUAUAUUGUGCCUUCUACUUAUACCUUUAAGGAACUCACUAUGUUCGGGGACACCCUGUAUAUUAAAUUGUUUUAAGAAGAUAAUUUUUUUCGUUACUUUUUGAACAUUAUUAGGAAUAUGAAUUUAUAAUUGCCAGACAUUUUUGUGGUUGACAUUUACGCGCCAGAUGCUAUUUUUUGUAAAUAAUAAUACAAAAAUUUAAAUUAUUUUAGUAUGUAAUUUUAAUAUUAUUUUAUUUAUUCAUAAAUAAGUGCAAAAUAAACGUAGACAGACGAGAUUUACGAAUUAUCAUCAAUCUGUAUUGGAAUCAAAAGGCCAGUAUAAAGAUAGAAGAACAAGAAUCCGAGAAUAUUGAUAUAAAGAGAGGAGUAAGACAGGGUUGUGUUCUGUCGCCGCUACUGUUUAACCUGUACAGUGAAGCCAUAUUUCAGGAAGCGAUAGCGGAGCUAAGUGAUGGAAUCUCUAUAAACGGAAGAAUAGUAAAUAACAUAAGAUUCGCUGUUGACACCGUUAUAAUGACAGACACCCUGGAAUCUUAACAAGAAUUGCUAAAUAGAACUAACGAUUAUUGCAUUCGAUACGGAUUAAAAAUAAACAAGAAAAAAACUAAAUUUAUGAUUGUCUCAAAAACAGAACAUGGAAAUGAAAGGUUAAUGAUAGAGCAAACGCAAAUAGAAAAAGUUAAAACAUACAAAUAUCUGGGAACCUGGGUUGAUGACAAAAAUGACCAAAGCAAAGAAAUUGAAGUCCGAAUUAAAACUGCAAGGCAAGCACUUAUAAAAAUGAAGACACUGCUUACAAACAAAGACCUUCAGUUGCCUCUUAGAUUGAGGGCUCUAAGAUGCUACAUAUUUUCUAUAUUGCCAUACGGAAUGGAAGCUUGGAGAUUGAAGAGACAACACAUAAGAAGAAUAGAAGCGUUCGAAAUGUGGUGUUACAGAAGAAUAUUGAAAAUUCAGUGGGUUCAAAGGAUUACCGAAAUUGAAGUGCUACGACGUUUAAAUAAGGAGUUAGAAAUUAUGAAGAGUAUAAAAACAAGAAAACUGGAAUAUUUGGGUCACAUUAUCAGAGGAAAAAAAUAUGAGUUGCUGAGAAUUAUUAUGCAAGGAAGGAUCAAAGGAAGAAGACGCAUCUCCUGGCUGAGGAACCUUAGAGAAUGGUUUAACUGUAGUUCAUUACAACUAUUCAGAGCAGCAGCCAACAAAGUGACCGUAGCCAUUAUGAUAUCCAACCUCCGAUAGGAGAGGGAACUUUAAGAAGAAGAAAGUCCAAAAUAAAUUUGCCAGAUAUUAAUUCCGCUGUAGUCACCAGCCAGAUCGAUUUAAUGUUGUAGGGUAUCCCAGUAUUUGUUUGUUGUAAGGUAAGACUAUGGUCUUAUAGGCUUAUAUAAAGGCUGUAUGCAACGUCUGGCUUGUCACUGUACGUAUCCUACGGCAUUUAUUGGAGACCACAGCCUUAAGGCUGUAUGACACUAUGCAUUUUCUUGUAUCAUUUCUAAUAUCGUUUCUGAUAUGUCAAAAAAAUGCAUAGUGUCAUACACAGAUACAAGAAACGAUAUCAGAAACGAUACAAGAAUUUGUGUCAGACACAGAUUCUUGUACAAGAAGUGCGCCAAUUUCUGCGCAAAAAGCAAAAACGUAAAUCCUGCUGGUAAAACUUCUAAAUGUCAUAAUGGCGGCUGAAAAUGAGAUCAUAUGAUUUAUGUCUUGAUGAAUUUAUUUGUGUUUUUGUAGGUAUUUUUUAUAAAUCUUUUAUUGAUACUUAAUAUACCGUUUGGUAUGGACUACUGUUCUACUAAUAACCAUAUAUUUAGCUCCUAAUAAAGUUCAAACUAUGUAUAACUUUCGGUUUCAUAUUGCAUAAUUUUUUAAUAGAGGAAAAUACAAUAGCUCCUAAUUUGGAUCAAACUGAAGAUAAUUCUAAUGCAAAUAUUUUAGCACAAAUGUCAAAACAAAAUAAAAAACAAAUAAUCAACAGUCAACUUAAAAAUUCUAGUUAACAUUAAAAUAUUUGUUUUUAAAAGUUUAUAAAUUUUAUAAAAUCCUUAAAAUCAGCUGUAGACGCAGUACUACCAUACCAAUGUAACGUGAAACAGGGUGACAAACAAAAUUUCGACCAAUCACGUGCCGAAUUUCAUACAAUUUUCGAUACAAAAACUUGCAUAGUGUCAUACAGGGCACAAAUGUACGUACAAGAAACGAUACAAGAAAAUGUAUAUCAGAAACGAUAUUAGAAAUGAUACAAGAAAAUGCAUAGUGUCAUACAGCCUUUAGAGAGAGAUAGCGGCAGAAUAGACUGGCGCAAAAGAGACAGGAAUACAUCUACAGUAUUCAAAGCAAUUUUUAUUUAUCUCAAACUAUGAUCUGUUUUUAAACCAGGAGGAGUAAUUCAAAUUUACUGCGCCGAAUGCUUGUUUGUAAUUGGUCCAACCGCGGGCAAGUUUACUCCAAUGUUAUGAAAUUUUGACACUAUUGACAUUUAAUUACAUAUAAUGUAAUUUUUUUGUGUUUUAUUAUAAUAUUUUAUGCAGAAAGGGAAACGUGAAUUUGUGACUUUUCUUACUAAUUUAUUUGACAACUUGUAAAAACAAUAUUGAAUGAACUAUCUGUCAAUAAAGUCGUCCCAGGAACGCAACUCAUAAAUAUUGGCAAUAUCAUUUUAAAGUCUUCUACUUUAAAAUGUAUAUACAUGUCUGAAUUGCCGAUAUGAAUGAGUCAAAUUAAAUAAAUUAUUAGAAGAAUUUUUUUACUAAGCAACAACAUUUUUGUUUAAUUCAUUAGUAUUUUUGUAUUUUGACAACGACACUCGAUUUGGGCGUCGACAACGGUAAUAAAAUCUCUUUUUUUGUAAAAUUGUGGCUUAUUUCCCAUCAAAAUAGUUAAUUGACAUUUAUGAAUAGAAAAUAAAAAAGGCUUCCUUGUCUAACCUUGCUGUAUGCAAACCGUCAUUAAAUUCCGAAUCCGAAAAUUGUUGUCUGAACAGGUCUAGGAUAGUUUAAGUUGACGCCUGCGCCUUGGAAACUAAUCCCGAACUUUCUGUGAAUACGUUCGGGGUAUGCUCCGCAAAUACAGCUAAUAUAUUUACCUGUCCAGGUGUGCUGCGUAGUAAUAGUCCAAGAGGCAGCGCUGAAAAAUCUCUUUGAAUUUACUAAAGCUAAAUUUUUCACAGUUGAUUACUGUGAUUGUAUAGAGAAACAUACUGCGGUCGGUCAAGCGAAACGUAGAACAGGGGUUACUGAGAGGGUAUCAAAGUUGCUUUUCUACGAAGGUAAUUAAAUCCAUUUACUAAGGCUGAAAAUCAGUACACACAUUCUAAAUUAAAUAUAAAUAAAAGUUAUUAUAGUCGGUCAGCUGUAUGAUGGGACAGAGCCGGUCGGUCGGCCCCAGUGAAUGUACAGGGUUAUUCACUAUAUUUUGACCCCCUUGUAAACUGCUUUAUUUACAGAAUUAGAAAAAAAUGUUUAUUCGAUUUUUAAAUUAUGAUUUUUUGACAUAUAUAUCGUACUAGUGACGUCAUCCAUUUGGGCAUGAUGACGUAAUCGACUAUUUUUUAAAAUGGGAAUAGGGCUCGAGUGCUAGCUUAGUUGAAAGGUUAUUCAAUUCCCUAUUCAGUAAUAUAAACAUUAACAUGAUUAAUUAUACAGGGUGUCCAAAAAAAAAAUUUUUAAAUAAAUGAAUUGUUUAAUUAAUAAUUCAAAAAAAUUUUUGGACACCCUGUAUAAAUAAUGAUCUUUAUAGUACUGAAUAGAGAAUUGAAUAACCUUUCAAAUGAGCUAGCACACGACCCCUUAUCUCAUUUAAAAAAAUAGUCGAUUACGUCAUCACGCCCAAAUGGAUGACGUCACUAGUACGAUGUAUAUAUGUCAAAAAAUCAUAAUUUAAAAAUCAAGUAACUUUUUUAUUUUACAUUUUUUUCUAAUUCUGUAAAUAAAGCAGUUUACAAGGGGGUCAAAAUAUAGUGAAUAACCGUGUACAUUCGUUGGGGCCGACCGACCGGCUCUGUCCCGUCAUACAGCUGACCGACUAUAAUAACUUUUAUUUAUAUUCAAUUUAGAAUGUGUGUACUGAUUUUCAGCCUUAGUAAAUGGAUUUAAUUACCUUCGUAGGAAAGCAACUUUGAUACCCUCUCAGUAACCCCUGUUCUACGUUUCGCUUGACCGACCGCAGUAGGUUUCUCUACACAAUCACAGUAAUCAACUGUGAAAAAUCUAGCUUUAGUAAAUUCAAAGAGAGUUUUCAGCGCUGCCUCUCCGUCUAUAAUGAGCGCAACCUGUAUCAGCAGCCAGGUAGCCGGUACGCUGUUUGAGGAAGCAUAGAGAAUAAUAGUUUCGUUCGCAGAAGCCUGUCGCGGACAAUUAGUCCACGACAAGGUAUUCGCACUUUAAUUCCAUAUUAUAUUUAUUUAAUGUAUUAUCGUUGAUUGAUAAAUAUACCAGUAUAUUAAUAUAGUCGGUUCGCUAAAUUCAGACACAACUGGCUAGUGAUUUUUGUCGUUUAGUCGAUAAUUUUUUUGUUUUUUGCCAGUUUUCCCAAAAUUGGCAAAAUCACUAAGUAUUUAGUAAUUAUUUUUUUUGCCAAUUUUACAAAAUUGGCAAAAUUACUUACUAAAAUCACUAGCCAGUUGUGCCGGAGUUUAGCGAACCGAUCAUAGUUAAUAAUGAAUUAUUAAUAUUAAUUAAUAGUAAAUACACCUUGUAUAUUUAUCUAUCAACGGUAUUAUUUAUAUUAUCUUAAAGUGCGCAUGCCUUGUCGUGGACUAAUUGUUCGCGACAGGCUUCUGCGAACGAAACUAUUAUGUAUAUUAAAGAACCAGCUUUUUUAAAAUUCUUGUUUUUCACAUGUUACUAGCUCUUGGUCCAUUACAGUCGUUUACAUAUCGUAUAGUGUAGAUGAUUUGUAACAAUUCAAUUAUGACUAGCAAUUAAUUUAUUCUUACAUGUAUAUUUAAAACGAGAGAUGUAAAAACUAACAAUUAAUAUUAUAUUGACAAGUAUUACGUGUAAGAAAUCAACUAAUAUCGUUCGUUUGUAUAUAAGCUUGCAAUGUUCUCAACUAUGAUGUCCGCAUCAUAACAUAUUGUACAAAUUUUUUUAGCACUAGGUCUCUGUAAUUCGUGCUCGUUAUUAUUGUCUUCUCUAUUUUAUAUUAUAUUUAAUUGAUUAUUAUAUUUAUUAUUUUAGCGAUUUAAUUUAUAUGAGCAAUGCUUUCGAAAACUGAAAUGUAUACUGUAUUUUCCUACUGAAUUCCAUUUUCCUCAUAUAUCGAUGUUACAAUUCGUGAUAAAACAUCUCGUAACGCGACAAUUCGUAACCCCGCCAAUUCGUAACGGCGAAACUUCGUAACAUCCACAGUUCAUAACUAUAACUAUUCGAAAUUCGUAACUUUCGAUCGAGUCAAAAGAAGGGAACUAUUCACAGCAUUGCAAGAUAUGGAUUUUUAUCUAAAGCUAUCAGAAUGAUAAAAUUAACUCAAGUCAAGAAAAACAGUAGUUUAACAGAAAGCUUUGAGGUCCAACAAGGAGUGCGGCAGGGUGAUCCAUUAUAAUCUAUAAUGUUUGGCAUAAUAUUAGAAGAAGUUAUACAGAAAGCAAACAUUAAUAGAACAAGUCUGAUCCACCACAAAAAACAUCAGUGCUUAGCGUUUGCGGACGAUUUGGUAAUCUUGACUAGAAGCAAAAUGGAACUGAUGGAAACAGUUAUGAAACUCGAAGAGAGGGCAGCAGCCAAAGGAUUGUAUAUAGAUGGAGCAAAACGAAGUACAUAUAUGAAAUGGACAAAUAAGCAAUUCGUUCGGGAGCAAUACAUAACAAUGACAACCGCGCUAUAUUUGCUCUUCAUGGGUUGUUAAGAAGCAAAAAUAUAUCUCGAAUAGCAAAACUAAGGGCCUAGAUAAAAGACCGUAAUAAAGCCGAUGGUGGCGUGUGCUUCUGAAGCAUAGGUCACAACAAAAAAACACCAAGAGUUGUUAUUAAUUUGGGAGCGGAAAAUACUUCGCAAAAUUUUGGUGGAAAAAACUUAAAUUGACAAUGGAUAAGAACAAAUAAUGAGCUAACUGAGCUUUAUCAAGAACCUAACAUAUUAGCGGUCAUUAGGGCUCGGGCACAUGGUUGGGCCAUGUGUAGAGGAUGAUUCCAUUUAGAAUUCCCAGAAUGAUACUAUCUAGUGCAUUGGUAGGCAAAAGGCGAAGAGGAAGACCCAGGUCAAGAUGGAGCAACGGGGUUAAAGAAGAUAUGAGAAGACUUACGUAACGAACUGGGAAAGAAAAGCAACUGGCAAAAGAGAGGGAACAUAUACUGUACUACUACUUUUAGUAUAUAAAAGUAUGCAAAAUACAUUCAUGGAAUACAUGCAGUCAUGCUAAUUUGCUAAACAAAAACUAAAUGCUGGCAUUACAAAUAGGUAUAGUUACGAACUGUCGAUUUGUCGCCCUUACGAAUUGUCCGUUACCAUUUGUGUUGUCGAGUUACGAGAUGUCAUGGAACCAUUUUUAAAGAUAAUAAAUCCCGGAAAUAAAAUAACAAUUUUUAGGUAACAUUCAAUUUUAAUCAACAUUAUAAAUAGUUUCUUUUUAGGAUGGUUUAGUGCUUCCAACGCAUUUAAAACAGUUAUCUUAAGUUUUGACAGUCCUAAAAAAAACCAUAAAACUAAGGCUCUUAGUUUUAUGAUUUUAGCAUGAUUAGCAUUAGUUUUGAUUUUUUAGGACUGUCUUUAUUCUUAUCUAAAGAUGCCUCCUCGCUCUUUGUUAGUCUUCAGUUGUUUAUAACGUUCCUGUUUUCUUUGAGAAAAAUUUCUCACUUGUGUUCAAAAUUUCUCUGAUGGGUGAAAGGAGUGUGUAACGUUACAAACGUCACAUCUUUGCUAUUUUAUUUUUAAAUAAUUAUUUAAUUGUAUUUUCUCUAAUAUUUCAUUAAUAAUUAUCUUCUAUUUGUUUUACCUGUUUUCUUCAUACAAUAUUUUUACGUUCUUUCUAUUCAUACUACUGUGUACUCUAUAGUGCAUUUAAAUCUUGUAUUGUUACUUAAUUUCAUUUACUUCUACUUAUUUUUAUGUUUCCUAUUUAUUUUCAUAUAUGUAUUUAUUACCUAUUUUCUAUAGCUACCAAAAAGUUCGACAAAACGACAAAAUUUUAGGUAGCUAUAGAAAAUAGGUAAUAAAUAUAUGAAAAUAACUAGAAAACAAGAAUAAGUAGAAGUAAAUGAAAUUAAGUAAUAAUACAAGAUGUAAAUGCACUAUAGAGUACACAGUAGUAUGAAUAAAAGAACGUAAAAAUAUUGUACGGAGAAAAAGGUACCUAUAAUAUGACAAUGUAUGGAAAUAUCUCUUGGGUUUUGGAAAGUUACUACAAAAUAAGAAAGUAAUUAAAGAAAGCUACCAAAAAAACUGGUUGAAAAAACAGAAAAAAAAUGUCAUGUUGACAUUAAAAUCAAGGUCCUACCAUAAAAAUUAGCCAAAAAACUAUGUAAAAAGUUCCAAAAUAUUAAAUAUACUAAUAUUUGCAACUAUGAAUGUAAUUUAAAUUAAUAAUAUUAUACUGAAAUAUAUGAAUAUGGUAAUACUUUUUAACCCAACACAUGAAAAUUAAGAUUUUAUAUAAAAUACUAGCCAAAAAGUAUGCAAAAUAGAUAGAUAUAUAAAUUUACUGCAAAAAUUGAAUAUAAAAUGAAAAUAUGAAAAUAGUAUUUAUUAAUGCUUGUAUAGUUGCCACCAAACCAAAAAUUCAAAGUUCAAAUCCUCGAAUAAGACAAGUAGUGUUGGUGCGGCAGUGAAACAAAUACGCUAGACUACCCCAGCUAAUUGAAAUACCAUUCAAAAAUAAUAUUUCAACCAAGAUAGUUAUCGUUCACCCUAGCUUAGCUCAUUCUCCCAAGGUAUGUGUUAGUCUUGUCCUAAUCUUAGAAAUGAACUAUGAAAAUUCAGAAUGGAAGCAAACAAAACAAUAUUUUAACUAAUAAUGUUUAUUAUUCAAUAAAGAUAUAAUAAAAAUAUGACUUAUUAAAUGCAUUAACAAACAUAUUCAAAUUCUUGCCAAAAACUAACAAUUCUUGGAUUAUACCUAUGGCUUUUGGUAUUGGUUCGAUGGUAACUUCUUGAUGUCGAAUGGUAUUUCAAUUAGCAGGGUAGUCUAGCGUAUUUGUUUCACUGGCGUGGGGCGCCAGUGAAGGCGCCAGUGAAGCGAAUAACGCGAUAAACUAUCCUAGCUAAUUGAAAUACCAUUCGAAAAUAAUACUUCGAUCAUGCAAGAUAGCUAUCGUUCACCCUGGCUUAGCUCACUCUACCAAGGUGUGUGUUCGCCUUGUCCUAAUCUUAAAUAUGAACUAUGAAAAUUCAGAAUGGAAGCAAACAAAACAAUACUUUUAACUAUUCAUGUUUACUGUUCAUAAAAAUAUAAUAAAAAUGUGACUUGUUAAAUGCAUUUACAAACGUAUUCAAAUUCUUGCCAAAAACUACAAAUUUUCAGAUUAUACUUAUGGCUUAUUGGUUCGAUGGUAACUUCUUGAUGCCGAAUGGUACAGCUGUUGACUUCUCUUGACCUGGGCUUGAUGGUAGGCCUCAGGUCAGUGUAGCUCUAGUUUACUGGUGGUGUUGGUCGCAGCAGUCUAGUUGCGAUGCAUCCUAUCGUCUUUGCCUUAUGAGUAGCAUCACCGGUGAUGUAGACGGCUUGAGGCUCCCGAAGGGAGAAAAGUUGAUUUAUUCCCAAAAACUGGAAGAAAAACACAUAUCAAACAUCAAGAAGUAAAAACCAAAAUGUACCUUUGCCAAAUAGUAUCCAGUAUCCUUUGGAGGUUAGAGAAAAAAAUAUUAUAAAAACUGUUAUAUGUUGAAUUUUCUUACCCCAAGAGAAUGUGAAAGUCUGGAAAUAAAUAGCUAUUAUCAGCCUGUAAUUGGUUUUUAUAGUGAAAUUAAUUUUCCACCACCAUUUUGAGAAUUUUCAGUUAUUGACAUGACACACAGUGGUUCCAAAUGCCAAAAACGUGGUCAUGAACCUUUAAAAGCGUAUAUUGUUUAUACAUUUCGGAAUUACUUUCGUUCUCAAGGGUUUUUGGCAUCGCUGAUUACGAAUCUGUCACUAUUUUUUCUGAAAAACAAAAUGUCGGAUCCAACAUGGCGGAAAGAAAUUGAAAACAUUAAUCGGAAAGGAAAGUGUUUUGUAAAAUUUGGUAGGUUAGGGUCGCUGAUUACAAAUCUAACAUUACUUUUUUUUUAAACAAAAUGGCGGAUCCAAUAUAGACGAAAGAAAUUCGAGAAUUUUAUUUUAACCGCAUUUUUCUUUAAAAUUUUAUAUUAUGAGGGACUUUUGAAAUUGCUGAUUAUCAAUACAUUUUCUUUAUGAAGUACAAUAUUUAGAACCUAUUAAUUAUGUACAACUGCCCAUACAUACUCAACAAUCGCCAGAAUCAUGUAAUAUGCAUCAUUUCCCACUUUUGUAUUCAAACAACUGCCAAAAAUGCAUAGGCAGUUAUAGGCAGCUAAACCAAAGUGAUUCUGUAUCUCCUUACUAUAUAUUUUAAGAUUAAUAAACAUUAGUCCUAGAAUUAUGCAGAAUUUUGUACUUUUGGAAUGCAUCUUUACAAAAUUUUAAUUAAAAAAUGUAAAGACUGAAAAAUUUUAAUUAAUUCAAGUAUAUUUUCACUAUUUAUACAUUAACAAAUUUAAGGCAUUUAUUAUUAUUACAUGUUGAUUUAACUUACAUCUUACAUGUCUACAUACUUAAAAAAGAAGAAUCUGCUUUACAGCGAUAAAAUUGAUAAACUACAAAACGUUUUACAGCGUUUUCAAUAUACGCGUUCUUUUUACAUACUCUGCCGACCAAAAUAACCCCGGACAUGGCUCACUUCUUCCUGGGCUGUGAACCAGAAUACAUCCAGUCUGAUCCUCAUACCUGCGUAUUAGGACUCUACGAUAGUAUGGGAAUACAACUAUAAGCAUGAAAAUCCCUAAAUAGGGACUUUUUUUUCGCCUCAUGACCACGUUUUCCGCAUUUCGAAUCACUGUGUGACAGCUUGAACUGUAGAAAGGUAGGAUAAGCAUAUUCCGUAAUGAAAGACAGAUAUCUAGAUAGUAAGGAUAUAUCAAGUACGUUCAGUAUGAUGAUUUAGAUGUUAGAUUGAAAAGAGAUAUAGUAAAUAGAGGAUAAAAGAGGGCGCCAAAGAGUUUUUAACGAAGAAAACAGGUAAAACAAAUAGAAGAUAAUUAUUAAUGAAAUAUUAGAGAAAAUAGAAUAAAAUAAUUAUUUAAAAAUAAAAUAUCAAAGAUGUGACGUUUGUAACGGUACAUGUUAACAAAUAACCCGAUUAACAUCUGAUUGCUUUUCUUUUAAAGGUUCUAAUUCUUCCGUACUUUUUCUUCCAUUUGGUUCUGCGUUCUGAUCAGUAGUUUCUUCGGCUUUAUUAGAUAGUUCGUCUUCAACUUUUUCAUUGAAAUAUAUAGAUGUGUGAUUAGUGUGCCUCUAAGUAAUGUUUAUGACUAAUAUGUUUGUCUGAGCUCCGUGACUUAUUGAGUGACGUAUGCUUCUAAAAUUAGUUUUCAAAAUUCAAUUUCAUCAUAAGCACAAGUCAUAAAAGUAACUAUAUUUUGUUGCAACUCUUCCGUUUAGGUGUCGCAACAAGCAUGCAAAAAACUCAAUUUAAUUACUAAUUAUUAACUAAAGCCAAUCAUUAAGUUAGUUUCUGAAACCUUUCCUUCGUUAUCUACUGUAUUUAAAGGUACCUACGUAUACAUAUGUGCGCGUGCUGCUCGCGCCCAGCAUGUUUUUUAGAUUAGUACCUGUUUUUAACAGUGCGCGCCAUUUGUGCGCCUCUUGAAAACACUUACUAAUCUAACGAGCAUACGUUAUGUUUGAGUUUUCGAUUUCCACCUCCAUUUUGGAAACUAAAAGUCUUAUUUUUAUACCGCCAUCAAAACUAUUGAUCAUGAGGGAUGGAAUUAGUAGGAAAAAAGUGUGUGUAUAUACGUUUUAAUCGCAUACAGACAGCACUUAAAAACCUAACUGGUCAUCUGACUUUAUUUUAUUAUCUUAGUAAAUACAGGUUGUUAUUUUUACCAUUUUAAUGUUUCAUGUUUGACUAGGGGUAAUCAAUCAUUAUAUUAUAUUAUUUAGAUUGUUUAUACAGCCAUUGAGGUUGGCAGGAAAAACAAACUCGUGAUCUGUUUGGCUUCUUUACCAUUUGAGUUCAUUUCACUGCAUAUGAAUUGGUCAGGCAGAGGGUUGAGCCUGAAACAACUUGAGAGUUGAUAUUUGUUGCUGUGGUUCAAUUUAAAAUGCAGCAAACUUCAUUUUUCUGCAAGCUUUUGUCUUUAAGAGUAAAGGAUUUCUGUAAUUGGUCAACAUUGAUCUUUAUGUGGCAUCUAAUGUCUCCUCGUGCAUAGAAAAAGAGAGGAGGAAAAUAUUGAAAGUGAAGCAGCUUACUGCUUUAUACGGCAAGUUCCAGAAAAGAAAGAUAACACAUCACUCAAUAAAUCCCAAACUUCAAAUGUCAUCUGUCAAAAUUUAAGCUCAAUUAGAAUGGAAAUUAUGACAUUUAUAUUUUGAUCUUUGGUGAAAUAGUGAAAUAGGUGAAAUAUUACUAUUUCACCAAAGCUUUUUACCUCAGCAUUGGAAAAUGUAUUCAAACAACUCGACUGGGAGGAAAAAUGUCUAAACAUUGAUGUUCUACGUUUGAGUCAUUUGAGGUUUGCGGACGACAUAGUAUUAUUUAGUACAGAUAUCAAGGAAUUGGAGCAAAUGCUGAAGGAAUUAAACCAGCAGUCAAAUAAAAUAGGUCUCAAAAUGAACCUUCAGAAAACAAAAAUAAUAAGUAAUUUACAAACUAAUCUUGUUAUUGACAAGGUCAGUCUUGAAAAUGUAGACCACUAUAUAUAUCUUAAACAUACCAUUAAAAUCGUCAAGAAAACCAAAUAGUCGAAAUAAAAAGACGCAUACAAUUGUCUUAUAUACUUAGGCAGUUGUCCUAAAUACUAAAUCAAAAGAAAUAGGAUUAAAAAUAAAUCAAGCAAAAACUAAAUAUCUAACCAACGAGUCUCUAGAUAUAAAUGGAAAUAUAACUCUGGACAACAAUAAUAUAGAAAAAGUUGAGUCGUACAUAUAUUUGGGACAAAAAAUAGAACUGCCAAAGCUUAACCUAAAGGCUGAUUUAAAUAGAAGAUGUUCCUUAGCAUUGGCAGCAUUUGGUCGAUUACAAACAGUAUUUAAAUCAAACUUGCCAAAUACUUUAAAGGCCAAAAAGUUCGAUUAGUAAGUGUUGCCAGUUCUGACAUACGGAACUGAAACUUGGGCUUUUAACAACAGCAUAGUCCACAAACUUCAAGUGACUCGGAGAACUAUGGAACGCAAAAUGCUCAACAUUAAGCUCAGUGAUCGCAAGUCCAAUGAAGAGAUAAGAAGGCGAUCAAAAGUAACAGAUGUGAUCCAGAAGGUUGCCAUGUUAAAAUGGAACUGGGCAGGACACAUAGGAAGAAUGGAAGACAACCACUGGACAAAGAGAAUUCUCGAGUGGCGACCAAGGGCAAGCAAAAGAAGUAGAAGCAGACCUCAAACAAGAUGGACUGAUGACAUCAAGCGAAUGGCUGGCCAUGAAUAGAUGCAAAACAUAGCAAACAGAUGUGAAAGGACACACAUAAGGGAGGUUUACAUCCGACGAUGGAUGGAAUAGCUGUUGAUGAUGAUGAUACAAUUAUCUUGGCGGCUUUCGGCAAGUUAAGCUUUAUCUUGAAGAAUAAAGAUAUACCAAUGUGCCUAAAACGUAGAGUUGAUGACAAAUGUAUCUUGCCUGUAACUACAAUGGACUGGAGACCAUGGCCUUUACAAAGAAAACCUUAAGCAGCUCAGUACAACCCAAAGAGCCAUGGAGAGGGCUAUUCUAGGGAUUCGAAAUAUCGACAUUCGUGAAAGGGCAAAGAUUACUGAUGUCGCAGAACGUAUAGCAAGGCUCAAGUGGCAAUGGGUCGGACAUGUUGCCCGAGAUAAUCCCGAAAAAUGGACACAUAGAUUAACAAACUGGAGACCAAGAGAGAACAGGCGAGGAGUAGGCAGACCGCAGAAGAGGUGGGCAGAUGAUAUCAAACAAGUUGCGGGCAAGCUGUAGAUAAUAACUGCCAAGAGUAGAAAUCAAUGGAAGCAAAUGAAAGAGGCCUAUGUCCAGCAGUGGACGAACACAGGCUGUAGAAGAAGAAGAUAUUUUGAUCUACUUCAAAUAAAAAUUGGAUGGAUCCGAAUACGAUUUAAGCAUACAUACGAGGUUCAAAAGCUUUAGAAAAUGAAGGAUUUGUAUUGUAUUUAAGUACUUCAGAAUGCUGCAUAGAACUCAUGGUGGACUCGAGCCUGACCAACUACCUGCCUUCAAGCAGAUUCAUCCUGAGUUACUGCUUGCCAUCUUUUGACUCUCUCUUCCUCAAAUCUUCAACACCAUCGAUCCAACGAAGGCGAGAUCUUCAUCAAUGAUACUCCUAGGUUGUCUUUUUUAACCGAUUGCACUUGUGAUAUUGUUUCGGUGUGAAUUUUAGCCUGGCUGCUAUGUUACGUCCCUGUUCAUGAGUUUCUGCACCACGUAGUACCACAGAACUUGCUACUACUUUGUGAUGUUUACUCAGCAGCCGACUUUUAAAUAAUUUAUUUAGUUUCUCAACUUCAGCCUCAUAUGCUCAUCAGCUCUUUUCAUGGUAGAAUAUCUUUCCUCCAAGAUUAUGUCCUUCCUAGAGUGACAAUCUCUCCUUCGUCUUCUUCUGAAGACGAAGAGGAAAAACAGACAGAGUCAUGUAUAUGACUCUGUCUGUUUUUUCAAUGUGCCUCUAGUAAGUUGUUCCAUCGUUUUCGUGGUCUUUCCACUGAUCGUCUUCCUAUUGGGAACCAACCGUCUCUCGCUGUUCUUACUACUCUAUUUCUGGCCAUUCGGCUUAUGUGGUCAUUUCAUUCUACUCUUCUGUUUGUUACCCAGUUAUUAAUUAUAAAUAAUAUUAAUAAUACGUAGAUAUAUACAAUAAGUUAUACUAAAAUAUAAAAUAUGUACUUCUAUUCUAUCUAUUCUAUACUUCUAUUCUAUCUAAAACUAAACCUAACAAUGAACAAGAAAGAACAAAGAAUUGCAUUUAUAAAAUACCUUGUGAAUGCGAACAAUUUUAUUUAGGUGAAACAUCAACACCAUUAAACGUUAGAAUAAGUGAAAAUCAGUCUUAUAUUAAAAAUAGAUAAUUUGAUAGAUCUCAAAUAUGUCAACACGCAUGGGAUAAUGAACAUAGAGUUCAGUGGAGAGAUUCAAGUAUAGUCCUGAAAGAAUCCGAUACUAAAAAGAGAAAAAUCAAAGAAGCGGCUCUAAUUAUGCUAAAUGAAACCAAUUGUGUCGCAAAUUCCACGGUAGAAUGCAGUAGGAUGUGGUUACCCAUACUGAAAGAGGAGGUCAAUAGAAAGAAAAUACCACGAUUAGUAAGUCAAUCACAUAUCGAGUUAGUACAUAUUUUAUAUUUUAGUAUUACUUAUUGUAUAUAUCUAUGUAUUAUUAAUAUUAUUUAUAAUUUAAACAUAUUAAGGUCAGAAUCCAGUUAUUAAUGUUCUCCACCUUGCAUCUCCACAUAAUGGAGAAAUAAAAAUAUCGGAAAAGAAAUCAAAGGCAGAAUUUACAAAACAGUCAUCAGACCAAUAAUGACAUACGCGGUAGAAACACGACCCGAUACAGAGAGGACAAAAAGAAUGCUAGAAACAGCUGAGAUGAAAACCCUUAAAAAAAUCGAUGGUAAGACUCUAUGGGACAGAGGUAGAAGUACAUGCAAGGUGGAUAAUAUUAAUAACCGGGUAAGAAACAGAAGAAUAGAAUGGAAUGCCCACAUAAGCCGAAUGACAAUAAAUAAAGUAGUAAGGACAGCGAGAGACAGUUCCCCAAUAGGAAGACGAGCAGUGGGAAGACCACGAAAACGAUGGAACGACAACUUACUAGAGGCACAUUGAAAAAACAGAGUCAUGUCUAUACAAAAAGAAGAAGAAGACCUUACAUAUCCGUCGUAUAUCUGCACUUUGAGCUCUGUCUCAUAGUGUCUUACCAUCGAUUUUUCGAAGGGUUUUCAUCUCCGCUGUUUCGAGCAAUCUUUUUGUCCUCUCUGUGUCGGGUCGUGUGUAUGCCGCUUAUGUCACUGAUAUCUUUAUUUCUCCAUAUUGUGUCAUUCAGGCAACCUGCGGUUCUGUUUGCUCUAUUUACUUGAUCUUCCACUUCUGUUUCCAGUAUUCCGUAGCUGGAUAGUAUGAUGCCUAGAUAUUGAAACUCCAUCACUUCUUCUAUUAUCUGACCCUCCAGCUUCUCCAGCUUUACAUCUUAUUGAAUUUGCUGUUAUAACCAUGCAUUUUGUCUUUUUUGGGGAAAGUAGCAUGUUAAAUUUUCUGGCGAUUAUAAUAAAUUGGUACAACAUACGUUGUAAAUCAUCUUCACUCUGAGAGAUUAGAAUUGCAUUGUCUGCAUAGCAGAUUAUUCUAAGUUGUUUUUCUACCAUUUAGGUUUCUUUUUUAAUUCUUACUUUUUUAUUAUUUCAUUCAUGAUCAGGUUAAACAAUAAAGGACUCAGGGAAUCCCCCUAUCUUAUCCCAUUGCUAGCUUGAAUUGGGUCAGUUAAUUCAUCUCUUACUUUUACUUUUAUUGAGUUAUUUUGGUAGAUGCUUUAGAUCGUUUUAAUCAUUCCUAGAGGUACUUUUCUUGAGUAUAACAAAUGGUUAACGUACUUUAAUUUGACCCUGUCAAAUGCUUUCUUAAGAUCCACGACACAUGAAUAGGCCGGUUUGUUGUAUUCUAAUGAAUUCUCUUGAACUUCCCUCAUUAUAAAUAUAGCGUCGGUGCCUGACCUUCCCGACCUAACACCUUGUUGUUCUUUUGCUAAUGUUGUUCGGCUACUCUGUACUGUAUCAGUGUUGCUUGCCACAUUAUGUUCACUUAUGGCUUCCAUAUUAUUAAAUAGUUCAUCUAUAUAUUGCGCACACCUCUACAUUACCUCUUCUCUUCCGCUGAUCCUUAAUCAUUUCGGUUUUUGGUUGGAAUUACUUUUGUAUUAAUUUGAACAUGCACACAUGUACCCGUACCAGAUAUCUAAGAGACUCAUUAAUAUUAGCUCAUUGGGUUGCUAUUGUUAGAGGUGUGAAAUUACAUAAACAAGGGAUUAUUUCAUAAAUCCGGUAGAUUCCUUGUUUAUGUAAUUUCACACCUCCAACAAUACCCCCCCCCCCCCCCGCUGAGCUGAAUAUUAAUGAGUGUCUUAGAUACCUGGUACUACUUUACCUCUAUCGAUGACUAAAAGUUACUCCAGAUCCUUUAAAUUGAAAAUAUCCAGUCUGAGUAACAGCCCCCUAAACCUAUUUCCAAUGUAACUGUUAGGAGAACAUGAACCAAAAGAGUUUUAAUUGGUGAUUGAUUUAGCACCAAUUGGAACAGAGGUUGGAAUGUAAUGUUUUGUGACUCACAACCACCAUUACAUACGAACAAAAUACAAGAUGUGUAUAGUAAACUGGUAAUCAGUUCAUUAGAAUACAUUAUACACAGAGAGCGGUAAAAGUCUGGAAUAUUCCGGAACAGUAUUUGUGAAAAAAUUUCUCGGGCAGUUCGAUUUUUAUUUUCAACUUAAAUUCUGAUUGUAGGUACUUCACCAUACUCAGUAUCUCCAAAAAUUAAACUUUUGUGCAGGAAUUGUUAAAUAUAUAAUUUUAGGUCCCUAAAUCUUCUUCUGCACUUACCAUCUUAUUACACAAAAAGGGCGAUCCAACAGACCUCGAGAAUUACCGGCCAAUAAGCGUAUUAGGCCACCUCUACAAGUUCUUCACAAGAAUAAUAACAAAUAGACUGGAAACAAAAUUGGAUUUUUACCAACCUGGAGAACAGGCGGGUUUUAGGAAAAACUUUGGCACUAACGACCACCUACACUGCAUAAAAGGAAUUAUAGAAAAAUCUAUCGAAUACAACCAACCAUUGGUCCUGGCUUUCGUAGAUUUCGCAAAGCAUUUGAUACGAUAGAAAUUAACAGCAUAAUGAGAGCAUUGGAGGAAAGUCGUAUAGAUUAUCGGUAGUCCAAACUGAUAGCGAACAUAUACAAUAAUGCAACCAUGACUGUCGACUACACAAAGAUACCAAAUCUAUAAAAAUCAAAAGAGGAAUUAGACAGGGAGACACGUUAUCUCCCAAACUCUUUACGGCAGUACUUGAACAUGCUUUCAAACAAUUGGAGUGGGACGCCAAAGGAAUAAAUGUCGGCGGUGAAAGGCUCUCCCACCUACGAUUCGCAGACGACAUAGUUCUUAUAACAGACAACUUAAAAGAGAUUAGAACUAUGCUUAAUGAGUUAGAUGCCGCCUGUAAAAAAGUUGGUUUAAACAUAAAUUUUGGAAAGACAAUACAUGACAAACCUGGUAUAAAGCGAAAAUCCAAAAGUCGACGUCAACGAAAUAGCAUUGGUCCAUAAAUAUAAAUACUUAGGGCAUGAAAUCCAAAUUGCCAGGGACACUCAAACUGCUGAAUUACAGAGAAGGAUCACCUUAACAUGGGCCGCAUAUGGAGCUCUAUAAGACAUCUUCAAGAGCAACUUGCCAAAUUAUUUGAAAAGGAAGACGUUCAACCAAUGUGUGCGUUCAACAAGUCAUGGCUUAUGGCGCCGAAACAUUAUCGUUAACCCAGGCCACAGCAACGAAACUUAGAGUGGCCCAAAGAAGAAUGGAACGGUCACUACUAGGACUGACUCUCAGAGACAGGGUCAGAAACGAAGAAAUCAGAAGGACAGGCGUCACAGAUGUCAUAGAGCGAGUAGCAUGGCUGAAGUGGAAUUGGGCGGGCCAUUUAGCCAGAAUGAAGGACGGGAGGUGGACCCAAAAAAAUUAGUUUAAUAUUUAAAUAAAAUACAAAUAACCUGUCAAGUAUAUUUACUUCGUUGAAAUUAUAUAAUAGAAGAAUAACUUCUUACGUGCGUACAAAGUACACACACAUUCUUUUUUUUUUUUUAGAAAUAGUCUUUUAUUGCGAAUAUUCCAGACUUUUUCCGCUCUCUGUAGAAUUGUUAAUGAUCCAAUUAUCAUAAAAUUGCUGCUGUCAUACUGUGGCAGUACGAAACACACUGUUAUAUCAUAUAUGGCAUGCUAAUAUGAAGAAAAGGAUCUAGAACACGAAUAAGUACCAACACAACGGUCAUAUAUUUACAUAAAUCUUGAAAUACACUGACCCGCCAAAAUAACCGGAUUGUUUAAAUAUGUUAUAGCCUUAUUCUUUAAGAAUGUCGCUGUAAUAAUAUUGUUUAAUAGUUUUAAAAUAGUUUCAGAACAACAAUAAUAUUGUUGCUAGACAGGUAAAUGGUCAUUGUAUACCGGGUGUACCAAUCGAACUGUGAUUUUUCUCAAAGUUCGCAACACCCUGUGGAACAUUUUAGCAUUUAUAAAAUACUGAAAUUGAAACCCAACUAUAGCCUCAGAUUUCUUAACAAUUUGUUUUUUGAUUCAUUCGCUUAUGUUAUAAGGAUUCAUUCGGAUAAUAAUAAAAAAAAUAUGAAAAAAAAAUUUUUAAGAAACGCUUUUCUUUAGUUACAAGUUACUAAAAUUAAAAAUAUUAUAAAAAAUCAACCAAAAAGCAAAAAAUAAAAAAAAAUGAAAAAAUCUAACACAUUCGUCAAAGAAAAGCGUGGCGCGUCUUCAUAAAAUAAAAGGUUUUCGCCCCACGCUUUUCUUUAACGAAUGUGUUAGAUUUUUUCAUUUCUUUUUUAUUUUUUGCUUUUUGGUUGAUUCUUUUAUAAUAUUUUUAAUUUUAGUCACUUGUAACUAAAGAAAAGCGUUUCUUAAAUUUUUUUUUCAUAUUUAUUUAUUUUUUAAUUUUUAGUCUUACACGUUUCAAACAAUAAAAUAUAUCGUCAUGUUUAUUAAAAUAUGUAUAAAACAUAUAAUGUACAAACAUGAAAAGUAGUCGGAAUCAGCAAAAAAUUUAAAACUUUAUUAUUUAUUUAUGAAGCAUAACGUAAACAAUUAACGUAAAAAGUGAAAGUAUAUAUAAUUCAAAUAAUUAGCUACAAUCUGUAAAAGUUUCAAGUUUCUUCAUUGUAAAAAACAAUAGAAUUUAAGCAUUUUCCGUUAAAAUCGUUUUUUAUUUAAACAAUUAAUAAACAUAAAAAAAAUUUUAUUCACUAUUCGUGUAUUGUUCCGGAGAAUGCAUAUGUUUGCAAAUUUUUAGUCAUUUGCAUUGAAGAAAAGGCAGUCAAACUAACGUCCAAAGAUUUGACCCAAACGAUUGAACUAAAGAAAAGCGUUUAAUUAAUUAAUACGUAAAAACGAAUUCUAAUGUUAAUUGUAGCACAAAACGCCUCUACCGGUGGUUUUUCUACGAUAAAAACACGAAUUUUUUUAACUCGAGUUUUGGCUGAAGUUUUGUUUCGUAUCGUAUGGUAUCGUAUUGAAAUUUGACACGAAUAAGCGCCGAUUUUUAUAUAAACAAAUAUAUGAGCGUUCAAAAUUUGAAACCUUAUUGUUUAUUUAUGAAGCAUAACGUAAACAAUUAACGUAAAAAGUGAAAUUGUGUAUAGUUAAUAUCAUUAGCUACAAUCCGUAAAAGUUUCAAGUUUCUACAUUGUAAAAACAAGAGAAUUUAAGCAUUUUCCAUUAAAAUCGUUUUUUUUAUAUUUAAACACUUAAAAAACACAAAAAUUUUUUUUAUUGACUAUUCGUGUAUUGUUCCCGCGAAUGCAUAUGUCUGCAAAUUUUCAUUCAUUUGCAUUGAAGAAAAGGCAGUCAAAUUAACGUCUAAAGAUUUGACGCAAACCAUUGAACUAAAGAAAAGCGUUUAAAAAGCGUUUAAUAAAAAAGUUAGGUACUAUAACAACUAGCCAUGUUUUUCAUCAAUAUAAUAUCCUCAUUUUCUGCUUAGUUUCUUAGUUCUAUGGUUCGUAUGGUUCCUAUAAUGGUUUGGGGAGGAAUUUUUUUAACAGGACGGACAGAUCUUGUUCCUUUACGUGGCAGUUAUUUAAGCAGUGAAAGGUACUUAACCGAUAUUUGACAAUUUAAUAAAUUAAUUAUUUGACAUUUAUCAAAUUACUAAAUUCUCAUAGCCUACUUUAGGCUUGUUUAUUAAACUAAGCACAAAAUGAGGAUAUAUUGAUGAAAAACAUGGAUAGUUGUUAAAGUACCUAACUUGUUUAUUAUCCAACAUAAGCGAAUGAAUCAAAAAACAAAAUGUUAAGGAAACCUGAGGCUAUGGUUAGGUUUUAGUUUCAGUAUUUUAUAAAUGCUAGAAUAUUCUACAGGCUGUUGCGAACUUUUAGAAAAAAAAACACAAUUUGAUUAGUACACCCGGUAUACAAUGACAAUUUACCUGUCUAUUAGCAACAAUAUUAUUACAGCGAUAUUCUUAAAGAAGAAAGGCUAUAACAUAUAUAACUUAAAUCAGACAACAGAUUUUGGAAAUUUGCGUUAAUUCCUUGGAGAAGGGUAUAUUAGUGUUCCGUUAUUUUGGCGGGUCAGUGUAUAAUAUCUCACUAAACGGGCAAAAAUAAUAUAAAUAGUGUAUUUAAUUCAUUUGUAUGUCAUUGUGUAUCGAAAAUUAUUACAUUUAAAUAUAGAAAAUUUAUUGAAUUGUGAACAGCCGUAAUUAUAAAAAAUAUAUAUGAUUUUAUUUGAUGCGAUUGUUUUAAGAAAGUUGAACAAUAGAGACAAUUUAUUAGAUCAAGUAAAUAUUUGUGCAAUAAAAAUUACAUUUAUUAUCAA